GGGCGCGGCCGUGUGACGUGCUCUGGCGGAGCCGCCGGAAGCGCUGCUUGGAGCGGCGAGAGCUGGAGGCGGCGGCAGUAUACAUGAAGCUUGAGCUCUGAACCCGCUAUGACUGACCCAGACGUCCUCACUGAGGUGCCGGCCGCUCUCAAACGCCUCGCUAAAUAUGUGGUGCGUGGCUUUUACGGCAUUGAACACGCCCUGGCGCUGGACAUUCUCAUCAGGAACCCCUGUGUGAAGGAGGAGGACAUGCUGGAGCUGCUGAAGUUUGACCGGAAGCAGCUGCGGGCCGUCCUCAACACCCUGAAGGGAGACAAGUUCAUCAAGUGCAGGAUGAGGGUGGAGACGGCGCCCGACGGCAAGACCACGCGCCACAACUACUACUUCAUCAACUACCGGCUGCUGGUGAACGUGGUGAAAUACAAGCUGGACCACAUGAGGCGGAGAAUCGAGACAGACGAGAGGGACUCCACCAAUCGCGCCUCCUUCAAGUGCCCCAUUUGCUUCAGCACCUUCACCGACUUGGAGGCCAACCAGCUCUUUGACCCCAGGACUGGCACCUUCCGCUGUACUUUCUGCGAGACCGAAGUGGAAGAGGAUGAGUCGGCGAUGCCCAAAAAGGAUGCAAGGACGCUCGUGGCAAGGUUUAAUGAACAGAUUGAGCCCAUCUAUGCUCUGCUACGGGAGACAGAAGAUGUUAACUUAGCCUAUGAAAUCCUCGAGCCAGAACCUACAGAGAUUCCUGCCCUGAAGCAGAGCAAGGAGCGUGCAGCUGGUGCUGGCUCAGGAGCUGCAGCUGGCCUUGCAGGAGGCCACCAUCGAGAAGCAUGGACUACUAAAGGACCGUCGUACGAGGACUUGUAUACCCAGAACGUUGUCAUCAGCAUGGAGGACCAGGAGGAUCUCAGCCGGCCUGCAAGUGACGGCAAGCCGGCCAGAGAGAGACCAAUCUGGCUACGGGAAAGCACAGUGCAGGGGGCCUAUGACCCUGAUGAAAUCAAAGAUGGAGGCCGGGAUCUGGAUGCCUUCCAGGAGCGUGAGGAGGGCCGGGCGGCUCUGGAUGACAACGAGGAGGUGAUGCGCGCCCUGCUUAUCCACGAGAAGAAGACUCCUUCUGCUUCCACGGUCACGGUCGGAGGGGCUGCUCCCCUCUCCAGCGUCAACGCCAGCGACUCUGAGAGCGAGACAAGCGAGUCAGAGGAGGACUCUCCUCCUCGCCCUCCCGCCGUGGCCGCCACGACGUACGGGCUGGAGGACGAAGAGGAGGAUGAAGAGUUUGAGGUGGUAGCGGAAGACCCCACUGUCACGGUGGCUGGGCGUCCGCACACGUACAGUCAAGUGAGCCAGCGCCCUGAGCUGGUGGCCCAGAUGACGCCGGAGGAGAAGGAGGUUUACAUAGCCAUGGGGCAGCGCAUGUUCGAGGACAUGUUUGAUUAACGGCUGCCCGCCACGGCCUCUGUAAAAAGUGACUUUUAAAGCCAGAGUCUCCCUAAUAAAAGAGCAGAUGAAGCACGUCUUUCCUCCCCUGUGUGCAGGGACACUGGGGCUUGGGACCGCCAACCUCAGGGGCAUCUUGCUCACCCCAGGUGGGGAGCUCGAAGGCGGCGUGUGCCGAACAGGGAGAGGAGGACAAGUCUCAGAAGUGAUCAUGCUUGCAAGGUAAAAAUUGGCUUCAGGGUGCCCUUCAUGGGCGCUGCUUUAACCUUCUCCCAGGGCCCAGCAGCUGCCACCCCCUGAUGUCUUUGAGUUGAUUCUUUUUUUGGUAGAUCCCAGUGAAGUCCACAUCCCUGCCCUCAGAGGACGCCAGGGCUCCACAGCCUUAUGAGAGUGCUCUGCAGUCACAUUACAGCUGCCCUGUGUUUAGUGAGGGGAGAGGAAAAGGAAGCAGUUGUCUGCUGGUGGCACAGCUCCUGCCACUGGCCACUGGCAUGGCUAUUUCUGAGGAGGGCUGUAGACAACAACCUCUUCUGUUUUGCUCCCAUUUAGUCCGUACUGGGUCUCAGCACCUGGAGGUGAGAUGUAACUCAAAACAUGCAGAGUGCCAGCCUGGGCAGGUACACACAGUCACUCUUUGUCAGCAGAACGAAAGGCCUCUGCAGAUCUGAGCUUUUGGAGUGCUCUGACUGACCAGGAGAUACCUCCAGUGCUGCUGCCUGUUGCUUCCGCCUAGCCCUGCGUCAGCUCCGGUGUUGCAGACCGCUCAUCCUAAGCAGGACUGCAGCCAGGCAGUGCCAGGGAAAGGGCCCAGGUAGUUUAGCUUUGCAGUCACAGCAGGGCUGGACCAUUUUAAAAGGAAUUAUGCCACUCUGAAUUCUGCUUUGGCACACUGAUUACCCCAGGCGAACACUGAUCAGUGCCUACGGAGCAAGUCCGGAUUUUUUAAUG